GGUCCUUCGUUUAGCGCCAAUUUAGAUUUUCCCACUUCACCGUGAGAAUACCUCGAAGAAACUUAAUAGGUCAUUUUUUGUGCAAAAUACAUCUGACUAGUUUGUACAAAACAGGCAAAAAUACCGUAAAAAAGUGUUGGAGGUGGUAAAAGAAAAAUAUAAAAAGUGCGUCAGUGUUAGUGAACAACAAAUCUGCAACCUAACGUCAUUUUAAAUCAGCACCGUUAUCACAAAAAUGGACAGUGAGGAUGAUCUGGAUAUUUUGACGGCACUGCUGGCUGAGAAUGAGGGUGUUGGUGAAGAGCAGGAGCAGACAGAUGACUUGGAAGGCCUUUUUGAUGAGGACAAUGAUGAGGAAGAGUACAGAGAGGGCAGCGAGGAGGACGUGGCCUCUGCGGAUGUGGUAAAAGAUCUGUUUGGGGAUGUUGAUGAUAUUGAAAAUGAGAAGACUGAGACAAAAGAAAAAGAAGCAGGAGUCUGUGAGAACCUGAACAAGUCAAAAGAAGACUUGCAAGAGGAGUUGAGGAGGAUGCAGGAGCAGAUGAAGAGAUUGCAACAGCAACUUGAAACAAGCCAGAAGGUUUCAAGUCCAUCAUCCCCUAAAAUCAGUGCUGCAGGAGGGUCGGGUCAUCCUAAACCAGUGACCCCAAAACCAUCGGUUACCCAACAGUCAAUGUCUAAGCCAACCCAGGCUAAACAAGUUCCCAAGCAGACAACCAAACAACAAGCAGCAUCUUCUUCAGCUGCUCCAGUCAGUGGAGGAAGCCUGAAGCUCCAGGAGUCCUCAGACUUUUCCUCUCAACUCAACAUUGCAGACUCAUUCAAACGCAAACCUAGAGUUGCUCACCACUCUAAAGCUGGCACAUCACCAGAGGACAGAGGACCACUGGUGGAGAUAAAGGUCGGCAGCUCCUUCCAGCCAUUAGAAAGAAGAGCUUCAGAUACCCUGCGUUCACCUCCAGCCUCCCACAGCCGACCUUCCACAGCUGCAGCUGCACCUAAACCUGCCACUCAUCCUCCACUUCCUAAAGACGUGGGUGUUGAGAAAUACUCAGGACUGCGACUCAGAAAGCCGCGGGUUUCCUCCAGCGAGAUGGAUCGCAAGAUGGCCGACCGGCGCCUGAUCCGCUUAUCGCAGGUGCCGGAGCGGUUGACGCGGGAGAAGUUGGAGGAAAGUGACUGGGUGACGUUUGCAGUUCUGAUCAGCAAAGCAACGCCACAAAGCAACAACAGCGGCAAAACCUUCAGCAUCUGGAAACUUAGCGACCUCCACAACCUGGAGGUGUUUGUGUCUCUGCUUCUGUUCGGUGAAGUCCACAAAGAGCACUGGAAGACGGAGCUGGGAACGGUCAUCGGACUCCUCAACCCAAACCCCAUGAAGCAGAAGGAUGGAUACGAUGGGGUGAGUUUGACAGUGGAUCACCCGCAGAAGUUGCUGUUGAUGGGUGAAGCUCAGGACUACGGCACUUGCAAGGCCUUGAAGAAGAAUGGAGACCCCUGCUCUCAGAUUGUGAACAUGUAUGAAUGCCAGUACUGCCAGUAUCACGUCAAGGCCCAGUAUAAGAAAAUGAGCUCGAAGAGGGCCGAGCUGCAGUCGUCAUUUUCUGGAAAAGCCCCGAACAGGGUGAAGGGAAAGGGCAGCAACCUGAGAGAGCGGCUGUGUCAGGGCGGCUUUUACUACGGUGGCGUUUCCUCGGCUGCCUGUGCCACUUCCCUAGCUGCAUCCAAACCAAACAAACCCGUCCAGAAAACUCUGGACAAGCUGUUUGUGAGAGGAUCGGCCCAGCUCGUCAGUCAGGCCAAGAAGCUCGCCAUGCAGUCCGGUGAAGUUUCAGGCUGUUCGGAUGAAUUUAGGAGCUUGAUGUUGAUGCCAACACCAGGAGCUCUGCAACUGAAGAAGCACCUUGUACAUGGCAGCCAGACAGGCUCCAAAGACGCUGCCGAAGCUCCUCUUCAGUCCAUUUCAGCCUCUGACCUGCUAAAGCAGCAGAAACACAGGCAGCGCGAGCUCCUUGAGAGUCGACGUCAGAGGGCAGGAGGGACAGUCCUCCAGAAGUCGGGUGGCACCAGACCGGCGCUCGGUCAGCGUGGUCUGAUGUCGCCGAAGCUGGCUUCUGAGGUCCCCAAGGCCACCCAAAGCCCCACGGCACCCCACACCCCGACCCUGGGCCGAGGUUUUUCAGAGGGCGAUGACAUCCUCUUCUUUGAUAACAGCCCGCCUCCAGCUCCUUCACCCAGCCAUUCAGCUGCCAAGAUGGCCGCGGUAAAGAAGCUGAGGGCCAAGGGGGUUGGACUUCAAAAGGAGGACCCUAAUGCUGUGAAGAGGAAGAGGAGCGACAGUAGUGAUAUCAGCGCCCGAGUAGAGAAGAAUCGGACAUCACCCAAUGGUGAAACAUCAAGUAAUGAAGAGGAAGAACCAGCGCAGAAAAAGAAACGAGACCAGCUCAGUUACAUCCAGUCAGAGGAGUUUCAGAAGAUCCUUAAUGCCAAAUCUCGUCACAGCGUCGUACUGCAAGCGGCGGAGUACCAGCUGCAGGAGUGCUACUUUGAUGCCCUGGUAAAGAAGGAGCAGAUGGAGGAGAAGAUGAAGGGAAUCAGAGAGAUGAAAUGUCGAGCUGUCACCUGUAAAAAGUGCAACUACACCUACUUCAAGCCAGCAGACCGAUGUGUGAAUGAGAAUCACGAUCUGCGGUGGCACGACGCUGUGAAACGCUUCUUCAAAUGUCCCUGCGGACAGAGAGCCAUCGCUCUGGACAGACUGCCGCACAAACACUGCAGCAACUGUGGACUGUUUAAAUGGGAGCGUGAUGGGAUGAUGAAGGAGAAAACUGGACCUAAGAUCGGAGGAGAGCUUCUUCAGCCUCGAGGAGAGGAACACGCCAAGUUUCUCAACAGCAUGAAGUGACUUCUGGUUGUUGAGGGAUCAGUACACAGUUUUAUAAUUUAAGGGUUAAGUGGUCUUUUUAUAUGUGCAUCUAUCAUGUUUUUACAGUUUGACAUAGUGUGUUUUAUUGAUUAUGGGGAUUUAUUUUGUCUGAUUAAUUGGAAUUAAUAGAAUAAGCUGAUUAAAGAAAUAAU